AUGGUCAGAGAGCCUUCCAAAGCGACCGUAUCACGUGUGGAGGAGGGCAGUGAAGGGGUACCGUUGUCCGAUGCAGGGAAAAAAGAGCAAGAGAAAGUGGUUGAGCGUUUGCGAGAGGCGACCGGCGACGGCGACGACGGGUUACCUGAUCGUGGGCAACGUAAAAAGGAAGCGGGAGAUGGGGUGGACGGCUCAAAUGGGGAGAGAACGGCGGACAGCAACGGGGAGAUGGGAAAAGAGGACGGCGAUGGAGGCAAGGGGGAGAGCAGGGGUGAGGGUAACGGGGAAGGGAGCGAUGGACUGAAAGUGGGGACUGAUGUGAAGGAUGAGGGGAUGAGAGAGAAAGGGGACGGAGAUGGUCAGGGCGAGGAAAAACUUUCUGAGGCAACUCAGAUGUCAUCGGAGGGGCGGCAGGAUGAGAAUGUGGUGGUGGAGAGUGAGGGAGGGAGCCGAGGCGUAGGAGAGAAAGGGGAAGAGGAGAGGAAAGAGGAGAAGAGAGGGAUCGAGGUGGAGGAGGUGGAGAAAAAAGAGGGGAAGAGGGAGGAGGAGGAGAAGGAGAAGGAGAAGGAGAAGGAGAAGGAGAAGAAGGGGAAGGAGGAGAAGGAGAAGGAGAAGGAGAAGAAGGGGAAGGAGGAGGAGGAGACGGAGAAGAAGAUGAAGGGGAAAGAGAAGGAGGAGAAGGAGAAGGGGAAGGGGAAGGGGAAGAAGAAGGGAAAGAAGCGUCAGCAACGCAGACCCAACCCACCUGUUGGUUCUCCCCCCUCUCCGAUUGCCAACCUUCGGGAUGAUAAUCCCGCCCCCACUCCCAUGCAAUCCCACCCCACUCCCAUCUUCCCCCGCCUCCCUCCCCCAGUACCCGCGGACUGCGACCUGUACCACGGCACUCCCCGCGAACUGCGACCUGUACCACGGCACGUGGCAGCCAGACGCAACUUGAAUCCCCUCGUUAUUUUUUCCCGCUCUUUGAUUGCCCAUGACCCGCCCCCUUCCCAGUCCCCGCGGACUGCGACCUUCCCCGCGGACUGCGACCUGUACCACGGCACGUGGCAGCCAGACUUAGAACCGCCGCUCUACACCAACAACACGUGCGCCGCCAUCUCGCAGCACCAGAACUGCCAGGGCAACGGGCGGCCGGACAGUGGGUACGAGCGGUGGCGGUGGCGGCCGGGGGGGAGGGAGGAGUGCGGGGCGCUGCCGCGGUUUGAUGCGGUGGAGUUCAUGCACGUGAUGCGAGGGAAGAGCGUGCUAUUCGUUGGGGACUCUGUGGCAAGGAAUCACAUGGAAUCCCUGAUCUGCCUGCUGAGCCAGGUGGAAACCCCCCACCUGCGGGGCAGCAAGAGUCUGAUCCGAAUGGUCUUCCCGCGCGCCAAGCUCACCAUAGCACGCAUCUGGUCCGCCUGGCUCGUCCACGAGUCCCCCGACCCUCCCCCCUCCGCGCUGCCCUCCGCCCCUGCGGACCUUCCGCGCCUGCACCUGGACAGGACGGGGGAGAAGUGGUGGGGGGGUGUAGAGCGGUACGAUGUGGUGGUGCUGUGCACUGGGCACUGGUUUGUUAAGCCUGCUCUGUUUGUUGUGGGGGGACGCGUGGUUGGGUCGCAGGGCGGGUGGUGGGAAGCGCAUGGGAAGGAGUUGGAAGGGGUGGGAGGAGGGGAGAGUGGCGAGGAGACGAGAGGAGGAGCAGGAGGAGGAGAGGGAGGAAGAGCAGGAGGGGGAGGAGGAGGAGAUGGAAGUGGGAAAGAGAGUGGUUCUGAAGGCAGUUCGGGGCAGCUGGAAAGGAAGGGAGGUGAGAGUAGUGGGCAGGAACAGCAGGGGGAGCAGCGGAGACGGUUGGAGGGAAGGGUAGUGGCUGAUGAUACAAAGCUUGUAGAGAACACGUACAGAGCAGCCAGGAGCAGCAGAUGGGUGACGGAUACACAGAAGGAUCUACAGAAGGAUACACGGAAGGAUACACAGGUUCCAGUGAACAAUACUGCUGCUUUCUCAAUUGCCAUUCGGACCGUCUUUGCUGACGUGGCGGCUGCUGUCAAGGCGAACCCGAAGCAGCUGUUUGUCUUCCGAACCUACUCCCCGGACCACUACGAGGGCGGGCAGUGGAACACCGGAGGCUCGUGCGCAGGCCUGGCCGAGCCUCGCGGCAGCGGCUACACCUACGAGAACACGUACGGGAACGCAAUUUAUAACGAGCAGAAGGCAGCUUAUAACAAGGCUAUGGAGGGCCUGGGAGAAGACUACAAGUGGCGGUUUGGCCUGAUGGACAUAAUGCCGAGUGCGGGGUUGAGAGUUGAUGGGCAUCCAGGGCCAUAUAGAAGGUUGAACAGUGUUGCCGAGCUGGAGAAGCGCAGGGAGGAGGAUAAGGAGGCCAAGUAUCCCCCCCCGCAGGACUGCCUGCACUGGUGCCUGCCCGGGCCUAUAGACUCGUGGAAUGUGUUUCUGCUGCAGCUGAUCAAACGGAAGAGAGUCAUGGGGCAGGCAGGGGCGUAG